CGUCGAUCGUCUACUCUAUUUUUUAGCCCUUUUUGCAAGCCUUCAGUCCUUUACGAACCUUUGUAACGUUGCAUCCUUGCUCCAAAUUCCGUCAAGUGGGAAGAACAGCACAUUUAAUUUGUCAAUUGGAAUUCGAAAUCGUCAUGAUUGGAUUUAAGGUAUAUCUCGUCCUUGUCGUCGGUGUGGCUGGUGCGCUUGGUCAGUACAGACUUGCACAUCAUCCCGGAGGUCACUAUCAGCCACAGUAUGCUGCACAUGGACCAGUCCUCGCGAAAGGAUUGGACUACGACCCACACGCCAAGUAUAACUUUGGCUACGCUGUGAACGAUCCGUACCAUGGGGAUUUUCACAGCCACCAUGAAGAGAAGGACGGCGGUGUCGUGAAGGGACAGUACUCCCUCGUGGAGAAGGACGGGUCUGGCGUAAGGACCGUGACCUACACGGCUGAUCCGGUUCACGGAUUUAACGCGAUCGUAGACAAGGGACCUCUUCCCGUCAGAGAUUUGCAAAAGUUGGCUCCCGUCAAGCACGUACAGCCUGCGUAUCAUCAUCAACCAGAAUAUCACGCCCAGCCUGUGUAUCACGCUCCACAACCAGCUUAUCAUGUCCAGCCUGCCUAUCAUGCUGCUGCUGCGCCUCAGCAGGUCCACUACGCCCAAGCUACACCAGUCCAAGCGUAUCAUCAACCCCAACCCGCAUAUCAUCCCAGAGUCGUCGGCGUUGCUCCACAGGCCGUCUAUCACCAAGCAGGAGCUGCUGCUGGACAAGUGUACGACUACUAGAUCAAAGCAAAUCUAUACUGUAUUUAAUUAAAAUUAUGCCAAAUAAAAAACGUUACGAUGUAAAACAAAUACCAAA